AUGGCAACAGAGAAAGACUUGGAGCGCAGUGUUGUGAUCACCGACACGCCUCGCAAUGGAGACGUUUCAUCAAUCGCUAUCGAGACUGGUGGUCUCAGACGUGAGCUAGGCUCCCGCCAUAUCAACAUGAUUGCCAUUGCAGGAAUGAUUGGCACUGGUUUGUUUCUCGGCUCAGGGCAAGCAAUCGCAGCUGCAGGUCCAGCAGGUGCCCUUUUGGCGUAUAUUGUCAUGGGACUUGUCACUGGCGGGAUCUCAUACACGACGGGCGAGAUCACCGCAUUCAUGCCAUCAACUGGUGGUUUCAUCCGGCAUGCGACCAAAUUCGUGGAGCCAGCACUUGGGGCAGCGACGGGCUGGAAUUUCUGGUACACCAUGGCCAUUACGGUUCCUGCAGAGAUCAGCGCCGCAGCUACGGUCAUACAAUUCUGGAACGACUCGGUGAGCCCUGGCGUUUGGAUCACCGUCUUUGCGGUGGUCAUUGUCACUCUAAAUCUUUGCGAUGUGCGUUUGUACGGCGAGUCCGAAGUUAUCUUCGCAUCCCUGAAGAUCAUGCUCAUUCUUGGCCUCAUCAUCGGUGGCCUUGUUAUCGACCUCGGAGGAGGACCCAAUCAUGACCGCUUGGGUUUUCGCUACUGGAAGCAUCCGGGAGCGUUUAAUGAUUAUAUAGAGACCGGCGCGGCAGGACGCUUUCUCGCUUUCUGGAAAGUCAUGCUCACGGCAGCGUUUAGCUACGGCAACAUCCAGGUUGUGGCGAUCUCCGGAACCGAAACUCGCUCACCUAGGAAAGCUAUCCCGGCGGCUACGAAAAAGACGUUUUACCGCGUUCUGCUAUUCUACGUUCUUAGCAUCUUCAUCGUUGGCCUCAUUGUUCCUUACGACGAUCCGUCUCUCUCCAUCUCCACCGGCACUGCGCAACAAUCGCCCUUUGUCAUAGCCUUCCAGCGAUCUGGCGUGAAGGUCGUUCCAUCCAUCAUCAACGCCGUUGUAUGCACGUCUGCCAUCAGCAGUGGUUCAGCUUGCAUCUUCAUUGCCUCGCGCACUCUGUACGGUCUAAGCUGUGAUGGACAUGCCCCUCGAAUCUUCCAGCAGUGCAACCGCUUUGGUACCCCUUAUUAUGCCAUUGGCCUGACCUGCCUUUUGCUGCCUCUAGUUUAUCUCAACGUUGCCAAUGAUACGUCCGUCGUCUUUGGGUGGUUUGUCAAUAUUACUACAAUAUCCGGCUUAAUUGGCUGGGUCGUGAUUGAAGCAACCUACCUACGCUUCUACACUGGCCUUAGAAAGCAAGGCUUUUCGAGGGACUUGCUACCUUACAAAAGUCCACUGCAGCCUUAUAUUUCGUGGGCGACUUUGCUUGUGGUGAGUUUGAUAAUCGUGUUCUCAGGUUUCGACGUCUUCGUCAAAGGACACUUUACUGCCGCAGGGUUCUUGACCUGCUACCUGAAUGUCGGUAUUUUCAUCGCUCUGUAUGUCUUCUUCAAGCUUUUUCUCAAGUCGAAAGUCAUCUCCACAACCGCAAUCGACUUUGAGACUGAGUUCUCGGCAUUAAGUCGAGAACAGCAUGUCGAAGAGGUGGCACAGCACGCAGCAAUUUCUAACCUGAUCUGA